ACUCAUCAUUUCCACUUAAGCUCUGAACACACACAAAAUCUGAACUCUCUCGAUCUCAUAGUAUAAACACUAUCUUUCCUUAAGCUCUUUUCUUGAUCAUUACCAUUCUAAGUCACUCUACAGAUCCAAGAUUUUAGUGUAUAUGUAAUAUUUUAUUUAAAUUUCUUAAACAUGGGAUCUUGGAUAAACAUGAGGGCAUUUGAUUGGAAUACAGGGCAAACAAUUAUGAUAGCCCUUUUGGUAAUGGUAGGAUCUUUUUAUACUGGCACACUUUUUGGGCAAAACCCAUCUUUGUAUUUGCCUCAACAAGAGCAAGAACAGCUUCAACAGCAACAACAAUUGUCUCUUGCUUCUAAUUUUAGUUCCUCAGAAUUUACCUCAGGUGCUUUGAAGUUUAAAAACAAGGUGUCUCUUUCGUAUCGGGUGAUACCGUUGAAAAUCCCUGAAACUGGGGUAAAUGUUUGUCCUUUGAAAUUUAACGAGUAUAUCCCAUGUCAUGACAUGUCUUAUGUUAAAGAGCUAAUGCCAAAACUAGAUCUUUCAAGGAAAGAAGAGCUGGAGAGGCAUUGUCCUUCGGUUGACAGGCGCUUGUUCUGCUUGGUGCCACCUCCAACUGAUUAUAAGAUACCAAUAAGGUGGCCGAUUAGCAGGGACUAUGUGUGGCGGAGCAAUGUGAACCAUACGCGUCUUGCAGAGGUAAAAGGUGGACAAAAUUGGGUGCACGAGAAGGAUCAACUUUGGUGGUUUCCGGGUGGUGGAACUCAUUUCAAGCAUGGGGCUCCAGAGUAUAUUGAGAGGUUAGGAAAUAUGACAACUAAUGAGAGAGGUGACUUGCGUUCUGCAGGGGUAUUUCAAGUGCUUGAUGUUGGUUGUGGGGUUGCCAGUUUCUCCGCCUAUCUUCUUCCUUUAAGUAUAGAAACAAUGUCCUUUGCUCCCAAAGAUGGUCAUGAGAAUCAAAUUCAGUUCGCUUUGGAACGAGGAAUUGGUGCUAUGAUAUCUGCUUUAGGAACAAAGCAGCUACCAUAUCCUAGUAACUCUUUUGAGAUGGUGCAUUGUUCCAGAUGUCGAGUUGAUUGGCAUGAAAAUGAUGGUAUUCUACUCAAAGAAGUGAACCGCCUAUUAAGAUCAGAUGGAUAUUUCGUCUAUUCAGCUCCACCAGCUUAUAGAAAGGAUAAGGAUUUUCCACAGAUAUGGGACAAAUUAGUAAACCUGACUUCAGGAAUGUGCUGGAAGCUCAUUGCACGGGAAGUUCAAACAGCAAUAUGGAUUAAGCAAGAAGAUAAUUCAUGUCUCCAGCAUAACGCAGAGGAGAAACUCGUAAACAUAUGUGAUUCUCAGGAUGAUUUUAAACCAUCAUGGAAAACACCUCUGAGGAACUGCAUUACCCUAAGUGACACAUCAUCUAAUACAAAGAAACUACCGCCUCGGCCACAACGUCUUUCAGAGUAUUCACAAAGUCUUAGUCGGCUAGGUAUUGAUCGUGAAAAGUUCUUGGCGGAUACAAUUUAUUGGCAAGAUCAAGUUCGCCAUUACUGGAGACUGAUGAAUGUAGAAGAGAAAGAAAUACGUAAUGUAAUGGACAUGAGUGCUUCCCUUGGUGGAUUUGCCGUCGCCCUCAGUACAUGGCCUGUCUGGGUGAUGAAUGUAGUUCCUGUAACGAUGAACAACACCCUUUCUGCCGUUUAUGACAGGGGUCUUAUAGGCACUUUUCAUGACUGGUGUGAGCCAUUCUCCACAUACCCACGCUCUUAUGAUUUAUUGCAUGCCAAUAAUCUUCUCUCUCACUACAAAGGCCGUGAAGAAGGUUGUUUGGUCGAGGAUAUCAUGCUGGAAAUGGAUCGUAUUAUACGACCUCAGGGAUUUAUCAUUAUCAGAGAUGAAGAAGCCAUCAUAUCGCGUAUACAAGUUCUUGCACCAAAAUUUCUUUGGGACGUCCAAUUACAUUAUCUAGAAGACGAUCAGAGAAAAAUGGGACCAGUCUUAUUUUGCCGGAAAAGGUUUUGGGCCAUUGUGUAAUGCAGUUUUUGCAUUAUGUUUGUCACUGAAAGUUAACUUUUUCACCAGUCUGCAUGCCAUUAUAUACAACAACAAUAACAACAACAACAACAACAAAGUAAAAAUUUCAUAAGUGGGGUCUGAGGAGGGUAGUGUGUACGCAAACUUUACCUCUACCGUGGUAUGGUAAAGAGGCCGCUCCCGAUAGACCGAUGCCAGGAUGUAGUCUUUCUUUUUGCCCGCUUUGAUCUCUUUUUGAGUUACUGUUUUGUUUGGAGUAACAAAGUUGUAAAAUUUAUAUGAGAGAACAGCUACUUCAAUGUUGUAACAUAGAGGACAGUGAAUUCUUUGUCACCAUAAAGAAUUAGAAAUGCAAAAUAUUAGUUCAUUGUAA